ACUCAUUUAAGGGUGUCUUCAAGCUGUUCGCUGAGAUGCGUCUAACGCCGUUUGUGUUACAGGAGCUUUCAUUAAACCAUCAAAUAGAGAAUUAGGAACCAUGACUGGGUGAGAUUUUAGAUAAAAACAUUGUUAUCACGACGUGGGUUCGAUUACUGCGCCUCAGGUGUAGACGGGACAAGAACAUGGGAGCAACAUCUUUUUUCCCCCGAACAGCUUCUGACUCUCAACCCGAGAAAAGGAUCGUGCUUCUUGGGAAAACCGGAGAUGGCAAGAGCAGCGCCGGGAACACGAUUCUCAAGCAGCAAGUCUUCAAGAGCAAAGCUUCACCAGAAUCUGUGACGGCUGAAUGCGUGAAGGGAAACCGGAAGGUCCACGGCAAAAAGAUCACGGUUAUUGACACGCCUGGACUCUUCGACACCGGCCUGGAUGAGGGGGCCAUCAAAUCAGAGAUCAUUAGAUCAAUGAUCGAGAGCUCUCCGGGUCCAGACAUGUUCACCAUCGUCCUGAAGGUUGGCAGAUACACGGGACAAGAGAUGGAGGUGGUGGAUAAAAUCGUGGAGUACUGUGGAGAAGAUACCUUCAAACAUUCGGUGGUUUUAUUCACUCACGGAGAGCAGCUAGAAGGUCAAACCAUUGAGGAGUUCAUCAAGAUGAGUCCAAGGCUACAGGAGCUGGUUGAUAAAUGUGGAGGCCGCUGUCACGUCAUCGACAGCAAAUACUGGAAACAACGGCAAAUGGGAUACAGGAGCAACAGAGUCCAGGUGAAAAACCUGCUGGAGACCAUCGAGCAGAAGCUGAAGGACAGCGAGAACGGCUGCUACACCAACGAGCUGCUUCAGAUCAUGGAGGAAGAGAUUCAGGAGGAGAUGAAGAACGUAAGCGAGGUCAACAUGUCGCUAGCAGAGAAACGAGAGGAAGCCAAAAAGAUUGUGCACAAAAAACUUCUGGUGAAGCUCGCGGGAGUGACCGCGGGAACACUGACCGGUGCCUUUCUGGGCAUCGGAGUCGCUGUGGCCUCCAUUGUCACGUUACUGAAAGACACGAAUGUCCCGGGAGUGGUGAAAGCCGGAGCCGUGGCCGGAGCCGCGGGGGCCACUGGGAUAGCGGCGGGGGCUGCCGCGCUGAAGGCGGGGGUCGUCGCCGCGGCGGCCAGCGUUGGAGUGGCUGGGACCGGGGUCGCUGCAGCUGCGGGUGUCGUGGUUGGAGUCGCGGCUCUCGCCGGAGCGAUCGGGGGAGGAGUUACCGGAUGCAAAGCCGCGGGAGACACGGAUUCGGUGACUGGCGCGAUAAAGAAUGCCGCGAAAACCAACUAUAAGAACGCCAAAGGUGCCGUGAAAAAGGUAAAGAAACAUCAACAGGAACUUUUUGAAAAUGAGACAAACGAAUAUAUAGAUCAGGGAACAGACUAGUUAUUUAGCCUACGACCCUCUACUGCACUUUUCUUAUGGCCCGUGUUCACUGCUGUUUUAUGAAUUGUUGCAACCAAUUUAAUUGUUUGAAAAGCAUCAUAUAACAGUCCCAUAACGUGUGGGAGUCAUAGAGCACCAUUUGAAGGCGGGACUUCCUGUUCUGACACAUGGUCACGGCAGCACAUGGUGUGAGAAAAACUUUUAAAAUUACAUGAACUGUGAGUAAAAGUAUAGAAGCCUAUGCUUUUCUUGUAUGAAUUAUCCAACGUUGCGCGGUAAGGAGCAGGGUCCGUGACUCCUAUGCCUUACCAUACCAGGAUACCAGGAUUUCUCAUUGACAAUAUUAUUGACAUGGGUGUGAAAAAAGUGUGAGAUGCAUCUGUUUCACAGCAGUGAAGAAGUGCUUCUUGAAGUUUAACAUGGAGUAAAACCUCAUUCCUUGAAGUACAUGAUAUGACACGACACACAGGGCUAAGAAAGUUUGGUCCUGGACGACCACCAUCCCCAGAGUCAGCUCAUUUAUAUAGAUAAUAUAGACGUAUAUUAGAUGCCUUUAAGAUGUUCGUAAUUUAAAAUAUAUUUAAAACUGACAUCGUAUGCCUGUUGUUUGUACACAGCAGAUUUUUUCAGACAUUUUGCAGGUGCAUCAACAGGGAACAGAAGAUGUUUAGUGACCUAUACAGUGGUGUAACUAGAGACUGGCCCAUGGAUAAUAUAACGUAUCUAGAAAUUUUGAGUCUGUUAAGACCUUGUCGAACAUUUUUGAGGUUCAGGGUUCUAAUCCACCCUCAUAUAGGUUUUUCGUUCUCAAAGCGGUGUUCAUUAGUGUGACUGUAAGAACAAGAACACGUUUGUGUGCAUUCGGCGAUUCUUUUAUCAGAAUAAAGUGCUUAACUUAUAUGAUGCUAAACUGUAAGGUGAUUGUGCUACAAAGACUAAGAUGAAACCACAUGAUCUCAAUU